AGAUUUACAGGAGGAAGUUCGAAUAUCAAGAAGAAAGGUUGAAAGACAAAGACAGUCUGAAUCCAAUUGGCAAACACUUUUAGUUAAUCCUUCUCGCUUUUCACAGGUGAAUAUAUAACAUAACUGAAGAAACAAUACAGUCGAACAACCUCCUUAAUACUGACCGCUAAGGGACAGAGCAAAGUAUUUGAAAGUGUACUUUUGAUAGGUUCGACUGUAUGCGGUAGCGAUAGUAACCACGGUGAACUUCAGAAGGAAAAGCUGCGUCAUCGGAAGGAAAAACCGUAUCGUAAUUAUGUAGUCAUAGAGGAGACAUGCAUGCAUGGGCGGAUAUACCGGUCGGGUGCAGGGGUGCGCAGCCCCCCCCCCCCCAGUGGUGUCUAGCACCCAUUUGAAGAAAACUCUGGUAUUCCAUAUUUGAGUUGUGAAUACUACUUAUUAUAUUGAAACGAUCGAUUUUCGAUUACGCGGGAAAAUAUUCAAACACCACUACGGCGGGUCACCAUAUAACGUAGCACUUUUCUCAAUUUUUGCCCGAAGUAUACUGUGAGGAUAAAUUUAACGAAAAAACGUAGUGCUCAGAAUGCAGGAAAUGGCCGCAUUUCCGCCCCUCUGGAAAACCUCCACUCUCUCUAACAGAUCCGACCCUGGAAAACUAUGUACAAUAUCAGAGUUAUUUAUUACCUCCGCCAGGAGAUAAUAACUCUCAAAAACUAUCGGAAAUUUUUGAGACUAAUGCCCAAGGACAAAUUGAUCCAAUUUUGGUUAAAUGUGAUUGAAAAAUGGAUGAGAAAUUAGCAAAAGCUUGUCUUGCUUUGCUGUCAGGGCAACUGAAUUCCCAUCGUAUAAUAUAUGCAUGAAUGCAUAACUUAAUACGCUGGUGGAUGUAUGCAGUCUCCGAAUGCUCUCUUGUUAUUUUAUCUUUGUAGAGAACCAACCGUAGAGGUACUCGCCGUGUAUCCGUUCAUCCGCAGCACCUGCAACGUCUUUCCGCGGUCACAUCAUCGUCUUCAAACACAGUUGCAGUGAAAUCAUCAACUUCACCUGUAGAACAGAAAACACGACUUACUAGUGUCUCAAGUACUGACCCUGCUGAAACAUUGGAAAAUACAACAGCUGCUGAGAGUGAGAAAAUCAUUCCUGAAAAUGAAAACAUAAAAACUACAGGACUUACAGGUUAGUACACUUCGUUGAUUUUGUUGUUAGGUUCAGGGAUUAAUACAAGCAUUUUAGUCUACUACCGUUUUUUCGAAAGAAGAUUGAGUUUUAGAAGGGGAACACUACCCCACUUCCACUAAAACCCCUCAACCUCUGCAUGGGAAAUUCUUAAUUUUGUCUCUAUGAAAUAUCAUGAUUCAGAAAGCAAAAAUAUAACCGUUUUAAAACAGUUUUUAAUGAUGUGUUGAAGAAUAUACAACGAUCUAGUACUUCCUUCCUUUUACAGUUAAUUAUUCACAUUUGCCACAUUUACUUCAAAGCACCGGCAAUAUACUUAGGAGAAAGAUUGAGUUUCAAGAUUCAAUUGAAGAUUAAGUUUUUACUACACUACAAUAUUUUCAGAAAGUAAAUUAAUUAAUAACGUACACAACAAAAUGAUCAGCAAAAUGAGAAUACAUGAAUACAUAUAAAUAAACUUUAUACAAUUAUAAUUAUUUACAAAGCAUCGUAUUCUCUGAUGUUUUACCAAUUAAUCCCACUGUAGCCUGCUCGCAGCCCCCACCCGAAUUUUUUUUUGGCCUGCGAGCAGGCAAAGCCCACUGUUGCAUCUUACGCUACGCAUGUCUUGAUAACCCUUCGUCUUCUUUCCCCAUCCGUUCUUCUGCGCUACACUUAACUCUUCAUUUCGUAUAUCCUCGUUCGUUAGUGGGGUUGUCACUAUAUCCUACAGAGCAGUUCAAAAGGAUAGCUAGGAAACUCUGAAUUAUAUUUUGGGCUUUCUACUCAGUACUGUAACAUGGCAGUGUUAUACCAUGUUAUUUAAUAUAUUCAAUACUAUAUUCAAUACUAUAUAUUCAGUAUACUGUUAUAAUUAUAAGAGGAAGACCUUAGGCAACCUUCCUCGCAUGAAUAAACAAAUAUUUAGAGAGAUUAAAGAACCACGGGAAACGCCUAGUACCACAAACCACGCAAUCAGGACAUAGUUUUGUGGUUGAUAAACACUGCUAGAACUUGCUUUGACAAACAUAUUGCGUAGAGGAAAUUAGUCAUAGUUACAGAUUUCUUCCUCUAAAAUUUAUUAUAAAAGCUGAGCACAACCUGAGAGUCGGGAGCGGAAAGUGAAGUGAGAAGAGCCAUUUAGGCUAAAAUACUUCAUAAGCCAACAAAGGCUGAAGUAUAUAAUUAAAAGGCUAGAUAAUUAAGCCUCGUCAAGUAAACUGAAGAACAUUGGAAUAUUGUGGAAUAAUUAUUAAAGAAGACGGAAUACAAAGUAUAAAGAAUAAAGAUUCAAAGUUGUGCUCAGCUCAAACAAAUAGAGAGAUAAGUUGAUAUAUUAAGAUUACUAUAUUAUUAUAAUAUUAUAGAGACGCUAAUUCAUAUUGUUGAAAGUAAAUAAAAUAUAUAAAAGGUAUAAGGUUUCAUGCUAUUUGUGUUACGGUAGCGUUAAUAUAAUUUGAACCCGAAGCCUAAAGGUUGAAAAUACACCUAAUUGGAAAAUAUAUUUGACGCAUAAAUAACGCACCAUAACAGUACGUAAAAUCUUCAUGUUUGAAUUCCAAAUCUAUUGAAUGAAGUGGAAAGAGAAAUUUGUAUAACAUAAAUAGAAAAUUUGAUUUCAUAUUCAUGUUAAAGAUAACUCUAAAAGCCCAUCAAAGUGAUUAUAUUCGUUCAGAAAUGAUCAACGUUAUUGGAAGUAAAAUUAACUUAUAUAUUGUUGAUGUUGAAUAGAUUUGCACAUGGUAGUUCUUAUUGGACUCCCUUCCCUUACUAAAGACGCAUCAUGUAACCCGAAAAUGCGCAUGCAUGUUAUGCUGUCUCUCCAAACACCAAUUAGAUGUCGUUAUUUCAUGAAGUUACAAUUAUACUAUGUUUCUCAUAAUUCUCAACACAUUCCUGAAUGUUUUGUCGUGACAACCACACAACGUGACAACAUGACAUAUUUCCGGUCAGAUGAUGUGGUUUGGGUAAUAUUAUCGCUAAAUGAGUUGUAUCAUGUGUACCAUAUCUUCUUGUUAUCAGCUCCUUUAUCUGUAGAUGUACCAGAAGAAAAGAACGCGAAUGCCAAAGAAAAACGUGUGGUGAAAAUGAAACCAUUUACAAUGAAGAAUUCUCCUGAAAAAAGUCAACCAAAACAACGAAGUAGUAUAUUAUCAGUAAGUCUCAAAAUUUGUUAAAAUAUUCAGUAAUAUAAUAUAAAAAAAUUAAAAUGUCGAUUUGCCUUACAGCAGGAAGAAUUGAGCCGCCUGAUAUCUUCAGAAGGAAGUGAGAGGAAAACUGAAUCUCGUGUGCGGGCUUGGGUUAGACAAACAGGUACAUAUCUGACGUUUUCACAUAUCGUUGCAACAUUUAUGGUACCGGUACGAUUAACUGAACAGAUUUAUUACUUUUAUAUCAAUUCUGUUUUUUUUUCUUUUUACAGACCAGCGGAGUGCCAAAACGUAAGUUUGUUUUACACCACCACCACAAUAUUUGCAUGUAUAAUAGAAUGGGUUCGAGUUCUAUUUUGGUCAGUUUUUCAAAGACCAUCAAGAUUCCACGAGUCCUGAUGACGAGACCAUUCUGAGGCAAAGUUCGCAUGUUCGUUUUUUUUUCAUAUUACGUAUACCAGUGACAAUUCAUGCUAUUACUUAGUAGCAAUAAAAUUCGUAUAGUUCUUAUGAUAUUUGUAAACCUUCUCGCGUUUGAAAAAAAUGUUUUUACCUUGUUUUUAGGACAUUUCUAACCGCUGCUCUUAGUACAUUUGGUGCGAUACGGUUGAGUAAUAAUGUAGCAGAGAUACCUUCAGAAUCGAGAAGAAAAUUUAGUGAAGUAACAGAAGAAAGAAAUGUCGUGUUACACGAUAAAUUGGAGAGACAAAAUAAGUAAGAUUUGGACUAUAUUCAAAUCGAUUGUCAUAUAAAUUAGACUAAAUUUGUGGACAGCAUUGCCCAUUAAUAUGAUAAUUUUACCUUUGCCAGAAGGAUAUUUUCUACCUUGCACGUUUGUGUCACAGGAUAGCCAAAAAUGUGUCGACGUUUUAAUACGAACGUUUGUGAACGAACAAAUGCUGAUUGAAUAACAAAGUUUAUUGGUGGGCCAGGUGGGAAUGCAACUAUACCUGAUGAAAAUUAAAUUAGAAUUUGAAAAUCUUUUUCUUACUUUCCGGUGCUGUGUAAAGGAACUGAAUAAAUCAUCUAUGUAUGAUUUAUGCAUGAUACUUGACUUUCCCUGGCGGAGGUAUCCAAUCUCUGAUUGUCGUGUAGUUUAUUACUGGAUUUAUGACUUUGCUACAACUUUUUUACUUUUUGGUAUCUUAUUUGAAAUUUUUAUCAUCACUGCAUGGUUCUGUAUUAAAGCGAAUAAUUAUCAUUUUUCCUGGGGUUUCUUUUCUUACUUAAAUUGAUAUAAAAUUUGCUUUAUUUAUGCGAGUAAAGAAGAAGAUGGCAUAUUCUUCAGCGUAAAUUUGUCAGACUUGGAAGUUCAAAUCACAUACGAGACGCUCUGGAUAAAAUCCGGCACGAUAGCUAUUCAGAUGAACCAGUUGAAACUGGCGAAGAAAUGAGACAACGGGUGAGCGAGGAAUGUGCAUGGUGAGUAAAUCAAGGAGUUAUAAUAUCAAAAAUAAUAACAAAAAAGCUGUGGGUAUAUGCGAGUACCACUCGUGAGGAAAGUUUACCAAAUGUGACGUCAGUAAAAUUUAAUGUGGAACACUAGCUCUACUCAACACUCGAACCCUGUUUGAGGUAACUUCAUUAAUGCUCCUGGUUAAAUUUCCUGGUUAAUUUAACCACAAUGCUGGUUAACUUGAUCGUAAUUCUGGCUAAUUUAACCAGUAACCACGAUUCCUGCGAUUUUUAACCAGAGUGUUUUUAUUAUAUAGUGCGGGUAUUCGCAGUUACGACUUAGAGUUUUAGUAUUAGUUUUUUCUUAAUUACCUGUAUUCUAAAAGCUCAUUCAAACUCGCACUCACACUCAAAGAGUGGAGGUUCAAUCUGAGCUUCUCUUGAGUUUCAAUGCUGUUUUUGAAUACCUGAAGGUUAGUGGCGAAACUUACUCUGUAACUAUACUUAUCCUCCAGAUAUUCAAAACCAGAUUGAAACCUCCACUCUUUGAGUGUGAGUGAGCUUUCAGAAUACAGGCGAAUAAGUCAUAUGGAGAAGAAAAAUAGUGAUGUAUUUUGCUCCUUUUCCUGACAUGUUUCAUACAUGUUAAAACACUCGUGUUUGUAACAAAUGCGUUUCAACCACUAGUUUAGUUUUGAUAAUUUAUUCAUUAAUUAUAUAAUGUUAAGAACUGUAGGCAUAUUACGUACCUUUGAAAUUUGACUAGCUCCAAACCUCAUUAACGAGUUUUACAAAAUAUCAAAACACGUUUUGCAUCAGUGGUAAUAAGUCUUAAAAGUUUUCAUAUUAAUGCACAAUUGUGAAAAGUUAAGAGGGGUUUCUUUGUAUGUUACACCCUCUCCUUGGUUCGAUAUUUUCUUGCAAUUAUAUUUUAUCCGUAAUCAGUAGCUGGAUAACAGGGAUAUUUUCAAGCACUUUAGUCUGCUACUGUUUUUCAGAAGAAUAUCGAGUUUAUUUUGAGGGGGCUGACGUUAAAAGAUUUUGUGUUCAGGGGCGCAAAUUCCAAAAUAUUUUGGAGGGGUGUUACACGUGGCGCCACCAUGGUUGGCGCCGAGCGGGAAAAUUUUUAAACUUUGAAAUCUCUAGAUCGUCGGAAAUGGCAUUUUCAAAAGUCUAAUUUGGCCAUCAGCUAGCUGUAGAGCACAGAAAGGAAGUUGAUUCAGGCAGUGUAUAAUGGCAAUUAGCAGUUCUAUAACCUUACGUACUUAUUAUUUUUUGGACACUUUCCAAAAAAUAAAUCUCACGGAAACAAACAUUUUGCGUAAUGUGUGCACCGGACGAUCGGGACCGACAUGCAAUUGGUUCAUUACCGAACUAUUUCUCAAAAUAGAUAACGUGCGGCCCUGUUUGUGGUACACAUUUCUAGUGUGCAUGGGCAUGAGUAUUCUUCUACGAGAUUUUGUGUCUCAGAAAUGAAACAGUUUUCGACAGCUUUUUGAACAAAAUUAUAUAGAAAUUUAACAGGUUUUUAAUGGAACAUUUACAUUAAAAAAAAUCAAAUUGUGAAAAAAAAUCAUUGUGGAGGAAGAUUGAGUUUCAAAACUCAAUUGAAGAUUGAGUAUUUACUACCGUAUACCGGUAGUAGAAAAGUGCUUGAAAAUAUCCCUGUCCCAGGAUAGAUAAUCCCCAUUAUAAGUUGACGUAUAAUAUAUAUUGCAGUAUUGAACAUGUGUUUGAUGAUUUCUUGAUAGGUACAAAGAUUUGAUAAAUAAUUUUCCAGAUGAUAUAAAAAAUGAUCGAUAUAUUAGUAUUGUACUGAACAAGAUAGCUCAAUAUGGCUCGGUAUGUAUUUAUUAGUACAAUUUACUUAUUUCUUCGCCACCCAUUUAAGAUACUAGUAGAAAGUAGAAUGUCGCGUAUGUGCAUGCGAAAAUAUUUUUUUUUCAAAAUAUUUUUGGUGUGCUCUCAAAAGUUACUUUUUUAGCUUUAUUUUCUGUACUGUAUACAGUUUGCUUACCAUUUUUAAAUGCAUCUGCUGGUUGAGAAACAUAGAAUUAUAAUUAGUAGUUAGGAAUUUUAAAUUAAAAUAUAUACAAUUAUCAGUAAGCUCUAAAAUUAAUUGAUUCCAUGUUUACAGCCAUCUAAAGUUUCUUCAUUUUCGCAUUAAUUUACGAUUAACAAGGACUAACCAUAUUUUUAAUUUAUUUGCGGGUUGAGAGCUAAAAAAUUGGUUAUGUAGUCAUAACCAAGUGGCCCAGUUGCAUCCAUGGUACCAAAUUACACUCGUAGCGGAUUACGUUCAGGUGUGUGUUUUGGUUACACCAUGCAUGACAAUCCGGUAUACCUGCCACUGCCUAAAAAUCACUCCGCUCUGGAAGUGAUAUGAAAAUGAUACGUUCCAAGCACCCUGUAACUGGUCGAAUCCAGUGGCGUAGCGCUCAUUGGUUAGGGGCCCCCGACAGUUAGGGGCCCCAUCAGCCACGGUCUAUCGCCCAGAAAAUUAGAAAACGUAAAAAAUGCAGGUGAAGAAUCAAUGGGAAAAUGCGAAAUUAAUAAUGCUAAAUAAUCAAGCCUCCAUCGACGACGGUAGCUGAUUUUGUUUAUUCCAACUCAAAUUAAACAAAAGUUGUUCUUAAAAGUUGUUACAUAUGUUGGAGACUGUUAUUGUUAUUGUUAUAGACACGGAAUUUUCCAGAACAUUCUAUAAAUAUUCAAUAUAAAUAUAAUAUCUCAGUCAAACAAUGACAACAGGGGCCCCCACACCGAAUAUGCCUCCCCCUCUUCCUCCGUUACGCCACUGGUCGAAUCCGAUACAUUCCGAUCAGCUCGCACUACAUGCAGAACCAUCCUGAAAUUUCAAAUUUAUAUAUCUCAUAUUUUGGUUUCAAACCAAUUUUAUUUUUGCCCUGCAAGAAGAGAUUAUGUACUUAGACUUAUUUUGACUUCCAAAAAAAUUAAGUUAAUCUGUUAUUUUUGCCUUUCUUCGAGAAAAGAAGUGUUAACAAUAAAAUAGUCGAUCAAAACUCGUCGUUGCCUUGAAGCCCACGCGAAACCACCCAACUUAUCAGCACUCGCCCUGGUCACGUUCAUGUUGGUAACAUUUCUAUAAUAUUCUGACCGUGAAGAUAUUCAGGUAGUUGCAUCAUGAGGCCAGCAGAUCUUCCCUACCUGCACUGGCAGCCAACAUUCAAACGUGUCAUUUUAAUAAUAUUUUACUAAAAUACCAUUUUUGUUGUUUUAACUACCACAGUUGGAAGGAAGAAAAGUAAGUGUUCCACAUUUCCUAAAGAUUAUGGCGACAUUACGACCUUGGGAAAUUUGUUAUCCAGAAAUUGCUGCCGCUAUAGAGGUCAGUUAAUAAUAAUAGUAUCUAAUACUUGUAUUGCGCAUUUUAACAUUUAAAUAUGAUUGAGAUAUAACUAAGAUCAUAGCAAAUAUUUUUAAAAUAUACAGUAGUAUGGUUUUCGGAAAAAAGUUUGAAAACCGUAUUGUGUGUAUUUUUUCUUCUAUGAAUCGAAUACGUUGUUAUUUGUCCAUGCAUUCUUGUUUCUUAUAUUCAUAUUAAGUUUGACUUGUACAACUUUAAAAGUUUUCCCUAUAAUUCGAGCGAGUAAAGUUGAGAGCUGAGGGAGGAGACUAACAGAACUUGACGUGCUUUGAACGUGGCUUUGCAGAAAUAUACAAUUACUUUAUGGUUUCCGUGUUUGGAUGGCCUGAUCCAAACACGCGGGAAUGUUGCGAGAGUUAAGAAAAGCGCGCGAAAUCACGAGCCGAAACUCGAGCAACAUUCCCAAGUGUUUGGAUCAGGCCAUCCAAACACGGAAACCAUAAAGUAAUUGUUUUAUAAAAUAACAACUUUCCAUGUUAAAUUUCACUUUAAAAAACUUUCACUUUAAAUUUCCGUGUUUGGAUGGCCUAAUCCAAACACGGGUUUCGACCAAUCAGAGCACGCGUUAUAUACGUGUUAUUUUAUAAUCGUAUUUCUUAUAUGUCUUUUGUUUUUUUUAUAUAGUUUGUACGUGAAAAUAUAGUUGGAUUUUCAACAGUGGAAUAUGAUGAUUGGUUCUCAUCUUGGAAUCCAAUAAAACAACGCUCUUCAUCAGCUCCUGUCCCUUCAUAGGCUGUAAUACGACCGAUACUUCAUAGGCUGUAAUACGACCGAUACUUCAUAGGCUGUAAUACGACCGAUACUAUAGGGAGCUUAAUUUAAGCAAGCGACGUUUUUGUGAACACGGACGUCAGAUUAAUUGCCAACGGAAGACUGGAUUAAAAACUUUGUUUGUGUCAGUUUGUGUUAAUCUUCGACACCUAUAUGACAAAACAUAAGAUUUUUAAAGUUUUUUUCUUCCUCACACGAGCUUUAUGACGCAAAAUGGCGCCAAACGUAGUUAUACCAAUUUUCGGGUGACGUCUGUGUUGGCAAAAACGUCGCUUGAAAUCAAGUUUAUUUUGCGUGUCAACAAACAGUAAUUCAACUGACUAACAAGUAGUCCGUACGUGGCCGCGUGGGUCGCUAGUUCUCGCCAUCUUGGGAGAGAUUCACCAGGGAUUGAAAUGUGUGCAUAAUAAAAACUACGGGAUAGAGCCUGUUCGCAGGCUAGGAUAAUGAAGAUGAAAUAACCAUUCUAUUCUAACAAUAUAACUAUUUAAAUAAAUACAAUAUCUUGUGUGG